AUGCCUGAUCACGCAUUCUGGAACACUCAGCCAGUCGUGCAGGAGUUGGUUGAGGCUCUAGAGGAUGGCGACAUGCCCCAAGAUCUUAUUUCUGUGGAUCCUGCCCAGCAUCCCGACACUUCCAUCCCACUCCCGGAAAAGUUCGUCUGGACGGCUAUUGAUCCCCACGAUGACGGCCAUAUGGCCGACCUCUACAAGCUUUUACACGCGUAUUACGUCGAAGACACCAGUAACAUGUUUCGCUUCGCGUAUUCUAAGGAUCUUUUAAGAUGGUGGUUGACAAGUCCUGGUUGCAAACCAGAGUACUCUCUAGGAAUACGCAUAGACGACCCAGAUAGCGAAGGCCACGGAAGGCUCAUUGGUUAUAUUUCUGGGGUCGUGAGUGACUACGCCUACUCUAACGUGGACGGAGGCGAGGUCUUUUCUAGGCCCAUGCAGAGUAUUGUAUUUCUGUGCCUCGAUAAGAAGUAUCGUAGUCUAAAGUUGGCCCCGCUGUUAAUUCAAGAGAUCACACGCCGCUCGUACAAGAACGGAGUCUUCCAUGCCAUAUACACGUCUGGAACGUCUCUGACCGCUCCCAUUCAGGUUGCAACCUACUACCACCGCAUUCUCAAUCCCCUGAAGCUGGCAAGAAUUGGGUUUUGCACGAAGCCUAAAGCAAUCAGCGACAAGGAGUUUGCCUUUUUCUACAAGCUGCCCUUUCUUCCCACUGCUUUGUCAUCGUGCUUUCAUGUUUGCACUGAAGCUGAUAUCCCUGUUCUCUAUGAUCUCUAUCUAGAGUAUACUCGCAGAAAGUACAAGUUCAGGCAGAUCUACUCCAAAGAAAUGUUCACACAUGUGGUGACGCACAGAAAGGAUAGCAUCCACACACUGGUGUACAGAGAGAAAGAGGGAGGGCAGCCAGAUGCGUUUAUCACCUACUACAUCAUCGACACGGCAGUCCUGGCCAAAGACAUCAGAAAGCAAUAUCCAAACAUGCGUAACGGGUACAUUUACCUUUAUUCUCUGCGCGAUGACUGCAACCUGUCUAUAGGCCAGCUAGUCCUCGCCCUUAUGCACGAUAUGCAGAACAACAAUAUCGAUGUCUGCACUGCUCUUAACGUAGGGCUUAACCCCAGCUUCUUCUCCACCAUGAAGUUCGCAGAAGGGAGCGGAAAGCUGAAUUACUAUCUGUUUAAUUUGAAAUGGCCGAAGAUGGCCUUGAAGGACAUAGGGGUCGUGUUGAUAUGA